UCUCUCUCUCUCUCUCUCUCUCUCAUGCACACAAGCACGCACACAAACACAAAAUAGAAAAUCUUUAAGCAUGGAGAGGCACACAAACACAAAAUGCCAUCUUCCACAUAUAUGGCAUGCUGUCACUAGACGUUGGUCUUGCCAUUUUUGACCUUGUCAUAUAACUGAAAUACUGUUUCUUCUUUUAAAAAACUGAGUAACUGAAAUGCUGGUCAGUAUCCUGUGUUCAUUUGAGGAGACCAGGCACUAUAUGCUAUGAAUAGUGAAGGAUAGGACUGUUUGUAAGAGUCUUAGGUGGGACCAGCAUUAAAUGCCAGCUCCUAUACAUGCUAUGGUUUUUUUUUAUUGAACAAGGUUUCCAGCUUUUCCGUUAUGUUUGGUAGGGAAAUUAUGGGUAUUAAGUUAAAUAGAUGACACUGUACAUGGGAAGCAUUUGGUACAGGAAUGGAGAAAACUAAAAUACAUGACAGUCCACUAAGUGGAAGAUUAAUAUGUUUUAGCAUGCUUAUAUAUUGAUUAGAUGUUUCAGGUAUGAUUUUUGGAUAAUUUUUUCAUUAUAAAGUGAAACUUUGGUGGAGUUGUAUAUAGAUAUGGGUGAAACAUACUUUUCAGUAAAUGGUAAUAUCAAUUAUAUUUAAAUGUACAGUAUUUACCAUUUCAAUUGGUAAUGUCUUCGACAUGGAUUAAUGCUAUGACAUGACAAUACUUCUACUGUCCACCUUCUCCCUGGAAUGUGGUUAUAAUCACAGCCUGAUUUUGCUCUAAAACCUCCGGUCCAUAAAGGUUUUUUAUCUUUGGAUACUGCCUCAUGGAAGGUGGAAUGAUGUUUUGAAUGAUUGUGUACCAGAGCUGAGUUUUUUUAUUUAGGUUACUAGAUCUUUGGUAAGCAGAUUUCAAGCAGCUCCUGGAUUUCAGUCACUAUUUUCUUAUGUGUGAUCAUUGAUUUCUUUUCGAUACCUUCAUGACAGUUAGUCACAGUAUUAUCUGCACGAUCUUUUAGUUUUGCUUGUUUCUAAAAAUAUAUAUUCCAAACAAACAAAGAACAGGUGGUUGCGGCAAAAACCUUUUAACAAUUUUUUUACAGACACGAUUAUUUCAAUUACCAUCACCAAGCGUGAUUGCUUUUUAGUCAAUGCUUGAUGCGAGUUCUUUGGUGAGGAGCUAUUCUGCAUGCUCUUGUUCUACUAGCAAGUUUGUUUGCCAUAAGCCUUCUUGACCAACACACACUUCUACUUUUGCAUUCGGCAGCCACUUAUAGUUUUGGAGUACAUAAACAUUGAUUAAUUGGGUACUAGGAAGUUUCAAUACUUGGGUUCUUCCACCCGCCUUAAAAGAAAAUUAUUAACUGUGUUAAAGAAUACUUGCAUACAUGCAUAGAAAUGGUUUCAGAUUCAUUAUGCGCACGUUUGUAGUUAGACCCUGAUAUAUUCAUAUAUAGCCACAUAUAGGCUUGAGAAGAACAGACAGAUAUUUCGUUAGGAAUUAUCUUCUUAAUGGUUUUUUUAUUUUUGUGUACAAACUAAUAUAAAACUGUGAGAGCACUAUGCAGGGCAAAUAACGCUUCUAGCUGAGGGUUGUCGAGGAUCAUUAUCGGAGAAAAUAAUGAAAAAAUACAACUUGAGAGAGAGAGUGCAUGCUCAACAUCAGACUUAUGCUUUAGGAAUUAAAGAGGUCUGGGAGAUUGAGAAGGGAAAACACAACCCUGGUGCUGUGCUUCAUACUUUAGGAUGGCCCUUAGAUCAAAAGACAUAUGGAGGAUCAUUUCUGUAUCACCUUAGCAAUAGCCAGGUAACAAUGGCUCUUUCUUGCUAAAUCCUCUUCAUUUGGUAUUGAUCCAACCAAGAUGCAUGCUUUUUUGCUGUUCUUUUCUCUUCUUUUAUUGCAGCUAUCAUAUUGAAUGAAAGGUUGAAGAGGGCAUACUGUAUUAUUUAUAUGUUUCCUCCUCUCACUCUCUCUAUCUCUUUCUCUGUAUGUGUGUCUCCCUUUUAACGCCCUUAUGCUGGUACUGAACGAGAGGUGAAUGAUCCCUGGUUGAGAGGCUAGAUUCCAGGAUUGUUUUCUUCACCUUCUUUUAGAUAUCAAAUGUUAAAACGUGGUUCAAAUGCAAGUGAUCAAAAAGAAAAAGGAGUGUAUUUUGAGUUAAAAGUGAAUGCAUUUUUAUGUUGAAUAGGAAAAAAUUGAAUCUAGUAUUGAAAGAGGUUACUUUUGAUGAUUAAAUCGGUUUAGGAUUGGGUUUCAAUUGAGUUUGAUGCUUUCGCGUAGCUCUCCUGCUGCUCUGUUUAAAACUUUUUGAGAUGGACUUUUAUCGAUCAUGUAGCAGCGAAAGUGCUUGGACGGAAAAGUGAAUUUGCAACAUGUAUUAAUGCUAUUACAGUGAUUUUCUCCGACGCAAAAUGUGGGUUAUGUUGUAGUGUAUAUAUUCUCUUAAGAUUUUCAAAUGAAUUUUAGUACUAUUAAAUUAUUUUGUCCUCAUCAUUGCUUAACAAAGUUGGGAUUUAGACACUUUAAAUGGGAGUUAAUUUCAGAUUAGCUUAUACAUGGCAUGUAUAUUUUAUGUUCUCUUAAUGAAAUAUAGAUUUUGUUUAUGAUAUGAAAAAAUUGUAAAGAAAAAUUAGAUAAUAAUUUCAUUUUAAAAGACAAAAUACUUUUACCUAAAAAGGUAUGGCACUUAUUAUAUAAGCUAUCUUUUAUUUUUGGAAUCGCAAUAAGAUAUUAGGUUAUACGUUUAAAUCGAUGGUUCUGUCCCAUGUAGAAAAGUAAUGAGGGGGUCCCAUAAGGUACGUAACAUGCAGCUCUCAAGUGCGAAACAAUAAUAUGGGUAUGAUUAGUACUGCAUAUGAGUCUUGGUCAACAUAUCUGUGAACACUGGGAACACAAGAUUGCACUAGUAGCUCAAGAUUCGGGUCUUCGAUCUUGGGCCUGCACACACAAAGAGAAACUCCAGAGUCUGGCGUCUGGAGUGAUAGCCAGUGGGAGCCUUCAAUACCUAAGUCAGUAAUACUUCAGGUGAAGGGGUAAGUGAGAUGUAGUAGUGAGCAGAGUUAAGAAAUUCUAACCCCUAUUUCAGUGUCUAGAAGUCGUUUUUAUACUUGUGUUUGGGGUCAGAGGUCCAUACCUUGUCACCGUAGUGGCAUGUUCCCUUUUGUUUCUCUAGGCAUACUCAUUUAAUGUGGCACGACCUCUGGAGAAGCAUUCAAUGUGGCGAGGCCUCUGUCCCGUCUAAAUGCAGUGGGGAUGAUACGUCGAGUUGCCUUUCUGCUUUUCGCUCGUUGUUAGAGGAGCAUGGUUUUUUUGUUUUGUACGGGUUCAUUUGAUAAGCUUACUCCUUUUGAGUCGGCAACCCCGGCAAGGACCCGAGCAUCUUCUACUUCCUCCUUCCCGAGCUUGAAGGCCAGGGCUUAUCUGGGUUGCCUAAGUUACCUUAAUCUAUUAUUAUACUUCAUGUUAUUAUAUUUUAGCUAUUAUAUAUUAGUAUUACAUUUUAUUAUAAAUUUAUAUAUUAGUGUUUAUCCAUUGGUUAUUAUACAUUAGUAUUACAUGAUAUUAUGUAUUUUAGUGUUUAUACAUUAAUAUUACAUAUUAUUAUAUUUAUACAUUAGUAAUUUGGUAUUACAGGGGUAGUAACAUUGCAAUACUAUGAUAUUUACGUAUACUAAACUAUUAUUAUAUAAUAAUUAGGUCAUGCUAGUAUAAUAUUGAGUUUCACUAACUAUAUAAGAUAUAUUUUAUAUAAAAUUUAUAUGAUUAAUAUAUAGAAAAACACACACAUAUCUAUACUUAUAUAUACAGUGCGAAUCCACUUUUUAUAGUGUUUUCGUCUAACUUUUUUUUUCAAUUUUACCCUUCUGUUUUAAUUGUUUUCCCUUUCUAUCCCUCAGUUUUAUUAUCUUCUGUUUAUAGUUUUACAGUUUUGCCCCUUUUGCCAACAGACGUUUUGGUCUUUUUACAUUGUGACCGUCUGAUUUUUUUCCUUCUGUUUUGUUGUCCAUUUCUACUUUCCUCUUGCCGACUGAGAGAGAGAGGCACGGGAUGAGAGGGAUUUGAGAUUGGGGUGGCAAAGACGGAGGUGAGGCUCACGGUGGCUGGGUGGUUGCUCGAGCUUGGCAAGGGCUGUUUCCGAUGUGCAUGGAGGAUCUGUGGUUGCUGUGUUUGUGUGGAGGCAACGUGAGUGGUGUGGUCUGUGGAGUUGUGUGUGUGGCUGGCGGGGCAGUGGUGCUCGGUUGAGUUUUUGGUCUCUCGUCUGGGUUGCGGUGGCAACUGGUUUGGGGUGCGGUGGCUUGAUCUCAGGUGGCUGGGCUCGGCAUGGGUGUUUGUCCACCACCUCCAUCAGUAAAGCACAGUCUCUCACGUCGGAUCCUUCUCCACAUAGCACAACAAACACCCGAAAUCCUAAAACCCUAGGAUGCUCCUCUCCCCUUCCAGCCUCUGUCACUGCCUUGCUCUCCAUAACAGCAGAAGCACUUCAUCUAUCUCACUCUCUCAACGCCCACUCAGAUUGGCAGGGCUUGGCGCUGGCUUUGCUGGCCUCUCCGUUGCUUGGCACUUGCUACUUAUAACUCUUUCCUUCUUACCAAUUCUAACAGCGCAUUGUUAUUCUCAAACUAAAUAAAAGAUAAAAUAAAACUUGUUGAUAUUUAUGGAAUUUAUUGAUUUUUUUUUAAAAAAGAAAGAUUGUUUGGAGGAAAGUCCUAAGGAUUUGACGCUACGCAUUGACAUAUACGAUGAAGUUGGGAUUGGCAGAGGAGUUUCGGGAGUUUCUGGUGGUCUACCACACCCUUAUUCACCUAAAGGCAAGCUGCUCUUGUGGGGUGUUGAUUGUUGGAAAGAGUGUUUAAAGCUUUUGAGCAUUGCGGAAGCAGCAGUUGGUCAAAACUCUUAUGGUUUCAUAGUUCGGAGAAGGGGCAUCUUGAGACCAGCAAUGAACAUGAAGAAUCUUCUUAUAUUGAACGAUAAUGCUCAGAAUUGCCUUGCCAGUUGCAGAAUAGGGACGGUUGAUAAGGAAACUGCUCAAAAUCUUGCACCCAAGUUAUGUACGCCAUUUGAAUCAGCCUUCUAUAUGCCUGAAGCUGUAAAUAUCCAUCCCCAACGCUAUCUCCAGGCACUCUUCUUAGCAUGUGAAAAUUUGGUGAAAGAACUAACGACUUCUAGCUUUGGAGAGAAAGAGUUAUGUUUGCAUAAGAAAUCUAUUCACAAACUUCUCGACUUUGAAGGUAGGCUUUGGAACUGAAGGAGACUGAUUUGAUUAGUUUUUGAGGACUCAGCAACUAGAUUUUCUUAUUCACAUUUUUCACAUGUAAUCAUUUAAGUGUAGAACUACCUAAAAUGGUGACUACAGUCUUCCCCUAAAAUCUGUCUCAACAAAGUUAAAUAGCUUGGGAAAGGUAUCCUCUAACCAGAUUAUUACCCAUAAUAUUCAACCUGAACAUGUGAACUGAGCACAGUUAAUUGAACUAGAUAAACUCUGAUAAACCUAUAUUAAAUAUCAAAUUUCUGUUUCGAGUGGCUAAUCCUGGUGGAAUCUUAUUAUUUACAAACAUACUUUGGUCUAGAGGAUUUAUCUCUACAUUUAAUGGUUAAUGGGUAUUGAAUUUGUCUUUAGGGGAAUAUGAUGCGGUGAUAGUAUGUCUAGGUGCCAUUUCUGCCAGUGUUUCAAAUUAUAUGAGCCCCAUCGG